CUCCAUCGCCACCAGAGAAAUCGAGAACCUCUAGCCACUACCAAUGGCUCCAUGCUCCCCGGGGCACCCAAGAAAGCGGCGUCUCUCUCUCUCUCUCUCUCUCUCUCUCUCUCUCUGCACACCCCCGGACCCGACAACCUACCGAGAUCCCACCAACCAACUGUACCAUGCUCCGGCCAUUACCUCAUGCGAGGACAAGAACUCGCCGCGUCCCGGACACCAUUCCUACGCGUGCAAGUGCAAGCAACCGGCAAACCUACUCUGCCUCUGAACGCUCGAUCCUUGUACUAGUACUAUUAAAGCAAAGAAACAGUUGCAGCUCGCAGGCGUAAACAAAUGGUGGAUCGAGAAACUCUGUAUAAACUACUGUGACCUUGACGAGGAGGAGGAGGCAUGCAGAGUUUGUACACAAAUGGAUCUAGAAGCACGUUUGCCUCGGUCCUCUGGUCUUUCCUUUCCCUUGAAGAGAAUUCACACCGAACAGACGGUGGAGGUGGUGGUAGUCCUCGUCGUCGUCAAGGUCAUAGUAGUUCGUGGGUCACAUGACCGGGUGACCACCGGUUUCCGUUCGCGUUCCGUGCCAUUUCGCCGAGUUUACCGCACCAAUAAAUCCUUCCGCUUUGAGGCGAUUGUUCAAAGAAUCGAUCUUCCUCGGCGCCUGACGUAUUUGUCCGGGCGGAUUGGGUGACUGCUCCGUACCUGCCACCACCACCUGUCCGUUUGGCAAUGGCCGUCGUCGUGUGCGUCACCGGCGCCGGAGGCUUCAUCGGGUCCUGGAUCGUCAAGCUCCUCCUCGCCCGCGGGUACGCCGUCCGGGGCACCUCCCGCCGCGCAGAUGACCCCAAGAACGCGCACCUGUGGGCGCUCGACGGCGCGGUGGAGCGGCUGACGAUGCUGCAGGUGGACCUGCUCGACUGGGCCAGCCUCCGCGCCGCCUUCGACGGCUGCGACGGCGUCAUCCACACCGCAUCCCCGAUGAACGACAAUCCCGAGGAGAUCAUCGAGCCGAUUAUCGCCGGGACGCGGAACGUCGUCGAGGCGGCCGCCGACGCCGGCGUGCGGCGCGUCGUGCUGUCCUCCACCAUCGGCACCAUGUACAUGGACCCGCGCCGCGACCCCGACUCGCCCCUCAACGAGUCGAGCUGGAGCGACCUCGAAUACUGCAAGAAAACCAAGAACUGGUACUGCUACGCGAAGACGAUCGCGGAGCAGGGGGCGUGGGAGGCGGCGCGGGCGCGAGGGCUGGACCUGGCGGUGGUCAUCCCGGUGGUGGUGCUCGGCGAGCUGCUACAGCCCGGCAUGAACACCAGCAGCCUGCACAUUCUCAAGUACCUCACCGGCGAGGCCAAGGCGUACGUCAACGAAUCGCACGCGUACGUGCACGUCAGGGACGCCGCCGAGGCGCACGUCAGGGUUCUCCUGGAGCCUGGGGCCGGCGGGCGGCGGUACGUCUGCGCCGAGCGCACGCUGCACCGCGGCGUGCUCUGCCGCAUCCUCGCCGAGCUCUUCCCGGAGUACCCCAUUCCGACGAGGUGCAAGGAUGAGUUAAAUCCACCAAAGAAGGGUUACAAGUUCACAAACCAGCCUCUCAAGGACCUAGGCAUCAAGUUCACACCUGUGCAUGAAUACCUCUACGAAGCAGUGAAAUCCCUGCAAGAAAAGGGAUUUCUCCAGAAGACCUCUGACACCGAGGUGUCUGAAAGACGGAGUUCCCUGCCUCAAAAGUCGCCGCCACCGUGCAUACUAAUUUCAAAACUUUGAUAGAUUGGCGCACAAAUUGACCAUGUAAUCUAUCGAUUAUCAUAAUAAGUGGUUCAUUUGAUUGGUUUCA